AUGCUCAUCUUGAUUGCUGGAAUUACAGGCAUGGUAGGCCAGCCUUGUGCUGAGGCUACUAUCAGCCAAGGCCACCAGGUCAGAGGUAUAGGUCACGAUCCCGAAAAGCUGCCAGUGCACAUUCGUCAAAACCUGGAAGACUUUGUUCUUUCGAAAGGAUUAUACGACAUCCCUGCUUUAGACAGAGCUGUCGCGGGCGUGGAUGCAGUAAUCUGCGCGUACGGCUUCCUCCCGGAAGUUUUAGUCGAGGGCCAACUCAUGUUGCUCAGAGCUGCCGAGCGAGCUGGAGUGAAGCUCGCUUUCCAUACCCAAGUCCGCAUCAGCUCACGCAUUAAGCCUUUGUACAUGCUCACUGGCAUAAUCGCCGAAUGGCUUUUCUUGAACCGGCGGGAUAAGAUUUGGGACCGGGAGACCCAAACGCUCCCCUGUUUCGGUGAUGGUAAAAAAGAGUGGAUUUGCACUACGGCAAGUGACAUCGCGGCAUACACGCUCGAGGCGAUCUGUGCCCCUGGUGCAGAUGAAGGCGGGUUUAUUCGGGUCGAGAGUUUCAGAUUCACGCCGACUCAGUUUGUGGAGGCUUAUGAGCGUGCGCGAUCGGGAAAGGUCUCUGCUCAUUUGAAAAAUCAGGGCUCUGUUGAUGAUGUCGUUGAAAUGUUGAAGAGAGCUCGCGAGACCAUUCAUCCCGUGAUCCUAGAGGAGUAUAUUGCAUAUGAGCUUGAGCUGGAUAAGAUUGACGAGGAUACUGACUCGGAUGUUACCGCUCCUCAGAUGGACUUUCCGGCCCAUAAGAAUUGGACUAGACAAGAAGAGCGGCGUCGAUUAUGGUGGUCUAUUUGGGAACUCGACAGCUUUGCUGCUGCUGUCGCAUGUCGUCGACCAACUGUCGAUAAACGGAACAUGCAGGUCAUGAUUCCCGUUUCCGAUGAAAAUUGGUUCUCCGAUACUCCGGUAGAGUCCGAUAUCCUUGACCCGUCUUCAUCCAAGUCAUGGCGGACUCUGGAAAAACGUGAAAACCAAGAUCCUCGCGCAUGGUACCUUGUCGCCAAUUUUAUCCUACUAUCCGCACAUGAUUUGGCACAAUCAAAGAAUUCCUCUCAGGAGGAAGCUAGGGCACUUGAAACGGCCGUCGCGUGUUUCUUUCUCAUCUUUCCGUCUGAUUUCAAUAUUUCCUCUGCAUCUCUUUCGUUCACGAAGGAGAGAUACCAACGAAGCAACUGGAUAAUCUCGAUCAACAUCAUGCUCCAAGGCAUAUUCGUAUUUCUUCGCUUGGUUAAUGAAAACUCUGCAGCGAGUUCGUUUCAGAAUUCCAAGAAUCACUUCCUGGCUCCUCUGGCUUCAGGUCCUGCUGCUGUGAAUUUACGCACGGCUAUUGAAUUCAAGAGGAAUCCAAAAGGGAAUCGCCAGUUGACGGGCUUGGAGCUUGAACUUAUCUCUUUGGUCUUGCAGAAUGUUGCAAGAUAUUGGAAAGUUGGCUCGAUUCUAACUGAUAUUGUUCAGAAUGUUGGUUCAUGA